AUGGAGGCGGCGGCGGAGGCUGGAAACCUGGCAGGCGUCCAGCACAUCAUCCUCGUCCUCUCAGGAAAGGGGGGGGUCGGGAAAAGCACCAUCUCCACGGAGCUGGCCUUGGCCCUGCGCCAUGCAGGCAAGAAGGUGGGGAUCCUCGACGUGGACCUGUGUGGUCCCAGCAUCCCCCGCAUGCUUCGGGCACAGGGCAGGGCCGUGCACCAGUGUGACGGCGGCUGGGUGCCCGUCUACGUGGACCAGGAGCAGAGCAUCUGCCUCAUGUCCGUGGGUUUUCUGCUGGAGAACCCCGACGAGGCCGUGGUGUGGAGGGGGCCCAAGAAGAAUGCGCUGAUAAAGCAGUUCGUGUCGGACGUGGCCUGGGGGCAGCUGGACUACCUGGUUGUAGACACGCCACCGGGGACGUCUGAUGAGCACAUGGCCACCGUGGACGCCCUGCGUCCCUACGGUCCCCUGGGGGCCCUCGUGGUCACCACACCCCAGGCGGUGUCCGUGGGGGACGUGAGGCGGGAGCUGACCUUCUGUAGGAAAACGGGGCUGCGGGUGCUCGGGGUGGUGGAGAACAUGAGCGGUUUCGUCUGCCCACACUGCGCGGAGUGCACCAGCGUCUUCUCCCGGGGAGGCGGGGAGGAGCUGGCCAGUCACGCCGGAGUCCCCUUCCUGGGCUCUGUGCCCCUGGACCCAGAGCUCACUAAGAGCCUAGAGGAGGGUCGAGACUUCAUCCAGGAAUUUCCUGAGAGCCCAGCCUUCCCUGCGCUCCUGUCUGUAGCCCAGAAAGUUCUGACCGAGGCGCCUGCUCGCGUCCCCUGAUCGAACCCGCCCCCCCCCCCCCCGGCCCAGCCCCCCCACCACGGGCCUCCUGGCCGAGUAUAUGCAGACCCAAGCAGAAGGGUGUGGGGCCAGCAUUCCCUCCCUCAGCCCUGUCCCUGGAGCCAGUCCGGUGCUCCCGUAGCAUCUGGACAGCAGAGCGGCUGACAGUGAGUGGUUCCCCCAGGUUGGCCCGUGGCAGGGCCCAGGGGGACGUGUGGGGUCCCGGUGGCCUGAGCUCUCCCUGGCUGGCACAUUCCCACUUGGUCUCACGGUGCUCAAACGGCAGCCAUCUCCCCCUGGGCCCCAAAGCCUAUGUGCCUGGAAAAUCGUUGGGGCCUCUGCUGUCCUUGGGACUCCUGUGACAGAAGGGGGGUGGUGAUAGAAGAGAGCGUGUCGUGAGGUGUUAAGCUUGUCACUUCAAAGGAACCCACAAUUAAAUGUUCUCCCCCCCACCCCUCA